AGCCCAGCCCACCUCCUUCUCUUAGAACCCUAGACUAGACUCGCUCACAUCCCCUUCCGCACGAACCUCACGGCUGUUCCUCCUGCUUCCCCUCGUCGCCUUCGUCUCCGCCUCCAGCCCGCCGCGCCAGCUCGUCUUCUCCGAUGGCGACUGUGCCAGUUAACCCAAAGCCAUUCUUAAACAACUUAACCGGGAAGCCCGUCAUCGUCAAGCUUAAGUGGGGCAUGGAGUACAAAGGAUAUCUUGUUUCGGUGGAUUCCUACAUGAAUCUGCAGCUUGCUAAUACUGAGGAAUACAUCGAUGGGCAGUUCUCUGGAAAUCUCGGGGAGAUACUGAUAAGAUGCAACAAUGUUAUGUACCUCCGAGGCGUUCCAGAGGACACAGAGAUAGAAGAUGCAGAGUGAAGAGUACAUGGACUGUUCUUAGGUUGAUGCAUGUUGUCCGCUACUGUAAAACAGUCAUAGCUCGUCUCCGAUUGCACUUUGCGGGCACCGAGCCAUGUUAACUCGAGUUCUGUAUCCCGAAUGAAUGAAUGAUCAACUUGCAUGUUUUAAACGGCUGAUUGGUGAUUGCUGAUUCCUUCUGUAGCGAUACGUUGUGAUGCUAGGAAUGUACCGUUUUAACUGUGUA